GGCCGGACGUUCCCACUUUCGCAAACAGAUUCUCUGGACAAGAUGGUUUUACAAUUUUUUUUUUAAACUUAGGUGAAACGCUUUGUUAUUAACAUGUUUGGGCAAUUCGUGGCUAUUUAGCAUGUCUUUUUCACCUUAUUUGUUAAGGAAAUUGAGGACUCGAUCCAACGAUAUUUGUCUGUAGCUAACGAUUGCCAAGAUGGUCUUUGUUUUGGUUGUUGUUGUUGUUGUUUGUUUAAUGUUUUAUUUGUUUUGUGUUUUUCUUUUUUAUUUUCAGUUUUGUUACAAUUUUCCAUGAUCAAGUUUUUUGUACCUUUACUCUCGCAGAUAGAAUCUUCAAGUGAGGCUCGGUCAGCGCUGGAGAACCAACUAGAGCGGCUAACACGCGAAAAGGUCGGCCUUAUGGCAGAGCUGGAACAAGCAAACAGCCAAAUCCUAGCGAAUGCAUCUGAAGUUUCAAAGGCUAAUGAGACUGUGGAGAAAGAACUUGAACAGACACAAAUGAGAUUGUCAAUGGCUUCACAAGAAUUGAACUCAGUCAAAGCAAGUGCUCAGCAAGCACAGAGGGAAAGAGAGCAGGAGAAAACCCGCCUGACUGGCGAAAUGGAUGAGCUUAGACGACGGCUGCAAGAAGCUGAACACUCCUGGAUGGAAUGUAAAGAGGACUGCAUCAGAUUCACCGAAAGACUCAAUAAUGCAGACCGAGAAGCUAAAAGUGCCAUUGCUGCCAAAGAAAAGCUGGAGAAAACUAGGACGGAAGAUGUCGAUCAACUUCGGAAGCAAAGCAGACAGAGAGAUGAGCAACUCACCACGUUAUUACAAGAGACAGAAGCAAGGCACACUCAGUGUAGAACUGAAUUGCAACAGAUGCUCGAGGCUGAGAUUCAGGUGUGCAACAAGAUGAAAGAAGAGUGCAAGAGACUCACUGAGCAGUUGGAAGAUUCCUCUGAUAAAUCAAGGUCCAAAAUGCAAGAUGCAAACAAGGAAUGCAGCAAAUUGAAGAAGAGACUUGACGAAUCUGUGGCACAAAAGCGGACUCUAGAGGAACAAAACACGAAAAAAGACAAACGUAUACAUGAAUUGCAGUCUCGUCUCAAACAGAGCGACGAGAACACUCGAAAGCAAGUAGAUCAGAUGUGUCAGUUGCUUGCCACGCGAAAUAACUUGAUGAAGGAAAGAAAAGUUUUGAGUCAAGAGGUUGAAUUCUUGAGAAAGCAGUUGAUUCCGAAGACACUCUCUGAACCUGUAACACCUUUUAUGGAGACUGCCAGUAACGCGAGUGCUGAAGAUCCUGAUCGCGUGACCGAAGAAAAAGAGCGUGAUGCAUGAUUUGUGACAUCCAUCGGUCUGCUAUGAACCUUGUGAAAAUGAUAACGUUUUUAAUGUACACAACUAUUAUCCUUAUUUUUAUCAUCUUUACAUUUUAUUUUUCAACAAUUAGUGAGAUCUUUUAUUUUGAUAUCAGCAAGGUUGCAUUUGCUUCCUUUUUUAUCGAAGCGGUUAUUUUAACGUUUUAAAAAAGAAAAGGAAAGGAAAAGAAAGCGGCAUAAAAAAGAGAAUCAGUGUUAAUACUUAAUACUAUUUGCCUCAUUUUAAUGUCUCGUAGAUUUCCUUUAAAACUGUACAAAACGAAAAAUACCAUAUCAAAUUAUUAUAACCGAUGAACGGGUUAAAAAUAUUUAUAGAUGCAGCAAUGUAAUGAUCUCAAAUAAAAGCUUAAAA